GAUACCUGCUUAUAUAGGUAGAUGUUCACAGAGAGUUUGUGUGGACGUGUAGUGUGGGAGGUAUAAUCAAUACUGGCAACAACAACGACAGUCUAAAGAGAAAGGUAAACAUGGCGGAGGAAAAAAGAGAAAAUGCUCGUGGAAACUGGAGCAGUUGGUACGAAUAUCUGUUCUCGUGUAUCGGCUGUCUUGUUGGACUUGGAAAUAUCUGGAGAUUCCCCUAUGUCUGCUACAAAAAUGGAGGCGGUGCUUUUCUUAUUCCAUACUUUUUCUUUAUGGCCGUAAGUGCCCUACCACUGAUGUUCCUUGAGAUAUCGUAUUCACAGUACUCCAAUCUCGGACCGGGUAAAGUUUGGAUAUGCUGCCCUCUUUUCAAAGGUAUAGGAUACGGUAUGGUGAUACUGACCGGUUUAGUAAGUAUCUACUACAAUGUCAUACUUGCCUGGACGCUCUACUACUUCGGGAUGUCGUUCUCGUCGGUUCUGCCCUGGAGUCACUGUAACAAUGAAUGGAAUUCUCCGCACUGUUACAACCGUGUAGGCUACGCAAAUAACUCGUUAACAGUGAAUGGUACCAUGCACGAAUCAACAUACAAUAACACUGCUAACGGGAUUGCACGGACACCGAGUGAAGAGUUCUGGCAACGAAACGUCCUUGAUAUAUCUGAAAACAUAGACACGAUGGGCGGUAUUCGUUGGCAGCUUGCCCUUGGAUUGUUUGCCGCCUGGCUCGCUGUGUUCCUUUGUCUUAUCAAAGGAAUAAAAACUUCCGGCAAGGUAGUCUACGUAGCAGCUACGAUUCCUUAUCUGUUUCUUCUGAUAUUGUUUAUUCGCGGAAUGACAUUGCCAGGAUCUAAAGAUGGUAUUCUGUUCUUCCUCAUUCCUAGGUGGUCAGACCUCGGUAAACUGUCGGUAUGGGGUGAUGCGGCUGUUCAGAUGUUCUACUCAGCAGGCCUAGGAUGGGGCGGCAUGGCCACGCUAGCUAGCUACAACAACUUCAACAACAACUGUUAUAGGGAUGCCAUACUGCUCCCCUUGUUGGAUGCAUUUACAAGCUGGUUUUCUGGAAUGGUCAUAUUUGCUACUCUCGGGUACAUGGCAAACGAAGCCGGAGUACACAUUGGGGAAGUAGUGGCCAGUGGUCCUGGUAUAGCGUUCAUGGUUUACCCCGAAGCUCUAGCGACGCUUCCUCUCCCACAACUCUGGUCUGUCCUGUUUUUCUUGAUGCUGUUUACCGUCGGGUUGGACAGUCAGAUGGUUCAUGUUCAGACCAUUACGGGAGCUUUGACAGACAACUUCCCGAAGGUAUUUCAGAGCAGAAAACCCUUACUGACGGCAUGUGUGUGUAUGAUUGGCUUUUUCCUAGGAAUGCCGUGUGUUAUGCAGGGCGGAAUAUACGUUCUGACUUUGAUAGACUGGUACUGUGCUAGUAUCUCUGUUAUGCUCCUGUCCCUUCUCGAACUGAUCGUUAUUGCAUGGAUUUACGGAUCAGAUCGUUUGUUGAGGGAUAUUGAGAUGAUGAUCGGAUACAGACCAUCUGCUAUAUGGAAGAUUAUGUGGAGAUUUGUAGCACCAAUUAUGCUCUUCUUGAUUUGGCUCUUCAGUGUUGUGAAACUCGGACAUGUGAAAUACGACAAGCAAAGCUAUCCUGACUGGUCCAUUGGUGUUGGCUGGGUGAUAGCGAUUGCCUCUCUUGUCCCGAUACCGGUUGGCAUAGCUCGAGAAUUGUACACAAGAAAAGGAGGGCUAUUACAGCGCAUUCGAGCUAGUAUAGUACCAACUCCGGAGUGGAAACCUGCCGUCUGCCAAGUAAACGGUAACAAAGAAGCGCUGGAGUAUCUAACUGUACCACACCAGCAAGAACUGUGCUAGAGAGGAUUAACCUUUAGUUGUACGACAACAUUAGCAGGAGGGCGACUAAUGAUGAGCUGACUGAAUCAAAUUUACCAUAUGUAUCUUAUACUGCGAAAACAAGACUUGCUGAAUCGAAUAAGCAUUAAUGAUGCGCCAAAUCAGCAAGAUGACUGUUACACUAACAGGGAAUAUGUAUAGUAUUGGCAGACUUUAAUGUAUUACUGAUAUACAACAUAACCAUGAGUACUGCUAAAAUGGACUUACUGAUCUGAAGAUGUCUUAAAUUACACAGUAGUUUUACAUACCAAAAGAACGUUAUCGUAAUUUCCGUCUUCCACAACAUUUAACAUGUUACUUAUCAUAUCAUGGUACUUGAAACUGUCGUUUGUUUGUAUUAGUUAUGAAGUAAUCACGAUGUAUAUAUGUUAUAGCACAUACUUAAUCUACCACAGCCUCGUCAGUUGAACUACAUAAUUACAUAACAUCUCACUCUUAUACUUGACAAUAGACUAACAACAGUGACAUGACACUAAAGUAUCCCUUUAAUACCGUCACAUCCACAUGCGUGUAAUAUGUGUUGAUUUUGGAUAAUGGGACUGGCUUCGACGAUUUACAGACCAAGUGUUAAAGAUCAUCUGACAAUAUUUGCGUUCUUUAAUGUAUUGAAAGCGUCAUAGAAUGUAAUACAAUUAUUGAAAAAAAUAUCUAGUUGGCCGUAAGUCUUCUAUAUUCUAAGAAGUAGUUCUUCCCGAGUACUAGUAUAGUACUAUAAUAUCUUUAUAUUCUGGAAAGUUGCUUGAUUUUUUGUUACUUUGGAAACAUACCGUCCUCGUUACCAUUACCGGGACCGUCGAUCACAGCUGUGAUUAUUGAAGCGACGUGCAGAGUAAAAGUUUAAAACUUGAAUUAAACAAGAAAAUGCAGGAAAGCUGCUGGACACCAGAUCUUUUGAUGAAAAUCACUUACUGACAGUCCAACACCCACGCGGAACAGAUUCUGCAACCUUGAAUAUAUUCUUUGGGUAUUACUGGCAUUAAUUUUAAGAUUUAGAAUAUUCUGUCACGCUCAAUAACCUCACAUGUUGCAAUAUUGUUACUCAGUAAUUGUCUAAAGGCAAGAAACUGUAUCUUUUAAAUUGCUUCAUAUGGAGAAAUGAGAGACAUUUUUUGGAUGCUGUGUACAGCAUUCAUAGCGGUCCUCGACAAGCCUAUGCAAAUCAGAACCAAACAACAGACUUUCUUCUUCCGUGGAACAUAUUUAAAUGCUGUGUUGAUUAUUUCAUAGUAUGAUUAAUGCUAUAAAAUAAUGAAAUACAUAUGAAAACGAUCAAUAAAUCAAAGAAAAAAUGUUACAGUUUUACGAAAAGGAGAGUUUUUUCAGUAAG